AUGACGAGAUUAGCUCCCUAUAUUGGCAACCACACUUCUGCACCCAACCCAACCGGAAACCUUCUACACAGUUGCGGUCAAAAUAAUAGUAGUGGGACAAUGACAUAUAGGGCCAGCCAGACGACCCAAGUGGUGGUCAAGAAGAAGGAGAGUUCGCAUCCUCAUCUGCAUACCCUGGAGAUGGUGAAUCCCCGGCACCGGAGCACCCAAAACUGGGUGGAGCAGCAUCAGCAGCAGGUGAUCCCAGCCUGUUCCUCUUCCCUGCAGCAGCCACGUCAUCGCUCCAAGGAGGUCUCAAGGAAACAGCCAGCUCCGGUUCCAGCUCCAGCUCCGGCUCCUGCCCCUGAAAGAAACUUGCCCAUAAACCGACAGAACCAUGUGGCGCUCCACCGGGAACUGGCUGCUGUGGCGGCCACCGCGCCCAAGAAGAAGCACCACGCCAAGUGGCAGUCGCAGGCCCUCGCCCAGACCAAGUUCCAUGCCGAGGCCAAGGCCCAGGCGCAGGUCCUGCUCCACACCCAGAUGCCCCUGAUGACACCCAGCUCGGAGGAGAUCAGCAAUCAGGCCGAGCGACUCCGAAGCCGCUCCCUGAAAACCACGGAAAAGAUUCAGAGAAAGGAGAGAGUGCAGGAUCAGGAUCGGAAUGGGGAUCGGAACGGGGAUCGGAAUGGCGAUCGGGAUCGGAAUGGGGAUCGGGAGCACAAGGAUAGCCAACAAAAUACGCGUACGGCCGAGAACCUCUGGCUGAUGAAGUCGGAACGGGAGGAGCUGGAGGCGAUAGCCUACAUGGAGGAAAAGGUCAAGGCCCAGGCCUUAGAGCUAAAGAUGAUUAGGGAGCAGGAGCAGGAGAAGGAGCAGGAGAAGGAGCAGGCGGAGGAGCAGGAGAAGUCGGACUCGGACAGCGAUGUCUUCUACACGCCGGGACGCGUAUGCUAUGGCACCACGAUCAGGUACCUGCAGGCCGAGAUGGACAAGUGCAAGAGGCAGCUGGUGAACUUUGUCCACGACAACCGGGAUUUGCUCGGCCACGGGGAGUUGCGCUACCACUUCGAGCAGCUGCAGCGGAAGCAGGAGGAGCUCGACGAGGAGCUCCAGGAGAAGCUGCAGGAGGAGCUCCAGACGGAGCAGUUUGGCCAGCCCUCGCCCAAGGGGGGCAGUGGUGAGCCCAGCUCCCAAUCGUAUGAGUACUUUCGCCAGGAGCAGCGCAAGCAGAAGCAGCUCCAGCUGCAGGAGUUCCUCGCCCGCGACGAGACCAAUGAGUUCGAGCAUCCCGAUUUGGCCAGCGUAUACAAGGCCUCCAGCAUUUGCCCUUUUGCCAAGGAAUCCAGGAAAUCCAGGGAACCAAGGGAAUCCAAGCAAUCCCCAUCCCCGAAGGAGCAGAUGGUGACCGCCAGUGGCAGUCUCGACUCAAACGCAGACUACCCUACCACCAGUAACUUGGCCAAAAGUCUAGCAGCCCAGUUGGAGAAAUCCCGAAUUAGCAAGCGUCUUUACCUCGAGGAGAGGGCCGCCAAGGAGCAGCAGGCCGCUUUGGGACUCCACCACAAGGCGCAUCGUUGUCAUCGUCAUCAGCAUUUGCCGACGCCCAGCUACGAUCACAUGCGACUGCGCCACAACGACAUCCAGGAGGCGCACUUCUCCCGGGAGUCCUCAAACGGGUCCUUGUCCUAA